AUGACGAAUCCGUUAUUAACUGAUAACGAUCGAGAUCUUAUCAGAAAGAAAGUCAUGGAGAAGAUUUCGACGGAAAGGAAGAAAAGAACACGGCAGAACGAAGAUACAGAAGAGGAUGCUAAACGAGACGGAUCAAAAGAAAGCAAAAGGAAAAAGGAAGAGAUUAAGGAAGAAGGGACGGCGGAAAUGGAUCCUAUAGAUUUCGAGUCACUGAAUAAGCUUUCCAGCUUCGUUGGUGAAGGCGCUCAGGAAUUGCUGAAGCAGGCUGGAGAAGAUGCCCCGUGCACCACUGGACCAUCGACUCCACCCCCUCCACCACCUGGAGAGUCGACUGUCCCUGUUCUAGGCAGCAAGAAACAAACACCUUCUAAAGAUGUUGCGAAAGGUGAUAAGACGGCCAUAAGUGCGAUACUACCUGGACCGCCUCCUGUGCCACCUGUUUACGGAGAUGAUUCAUCGGAUGAUUCACCAACUGUGCACGAUGCUGGUAUAUCUCCAGAAUCAUCUAGUUUCACCCAGAUGCAGACUGUUAAUGUUCUUCCAGUGCCACCACCUCCUCCAGUUAUACCAAGUCGGCUGAACAUAGCUGUUCCUCCGCCGCCUCCUCCACCACCGCCUCCACCAUCUACAUCUGCCGCUCAGGCUCCUCUUACGCCAACCCUUCCCCAACCUUCGAACUCUGGUGCGACAACAAGCAGUGCACAGUCUCAGGUUCCGCAUCCACCUAUGCCUCCUGGUAUGCUCCGUCCGCCUCCAGGCAUGCCACCGCCAGUUCUUCCUCCACCAUCGUUCUUGAACUGUCCACCACCGAACAUGCCAAGAAUGCCAAUCCCGCCACCACCAAUAGCUGGCAUGCCACGACCUAUUCCUCCUCCAGGAAUGCUACCACCUCCUGGCAUGCUUCCACCACCUGGCAUGUUCCCUCCUGGUAUGCCUCCCCAUCCAGGCAUGCCUCCACCUCCGAGAAUGCCUCCAUGUCUUCCUCCCCCGCCUAAAUUCAUGAAUCAAGGAUCAGCACAGCCCUCUGAACAACAAAAAUCGUUUUUCCCUGGUGCACCGCCCGCUCGACCUGUACCUCCUGGUCCUGGUCAGGUACCUUCUGCGACUCCAAAAAAACAGUCAAAACGUACGGUGAGUCGUUGA